AUGGGUAAAAAUGAAUUUGGCCGAAAUAUUAUUAUUGAUGAAAUUCCACCGGGUGAAUAUCAAAUGAAUGAGCGAUUACCGCCCCUUCGCAAAGCAGUGAAACGGAAAACUAUACAGGCCCUUGAAAAUGAUCCUUAUAUUUUAUCUUGCCCACAGAAAGAAUUUGGCAUUUUUUGGGCAUUAAAUGAAACAUACAUCUCAUCUACUUCACUGCUGGUACAGUAUCCCGAUAAAAGGAUUUAUAUUGACGGUGAUAAUCAGCUUAUCAUCAACUAUCUCAAACUGGAAGAUGAUGAAAGUUUCUUUAGCUGUCACCGAGCAUACGAUGGCGAUGUAUUAAGAACAUUUAGUUUCAUUGUCAAUAAAGGUAAACAGCGCCAGGAAAUUGUCGAAUAUGUUAAUUUUGGUAUCAGGUAUGGUGCAUUUUUACUCAUAUUGUUGAUGGUACUAUCCAUUACUUUGAAUGUAAGUGUCCAUUCGGAAAAGUAUCGACGUGAGGUUGCGCUAAAACAGUACACUAAUAAGCAAUUCAAUAAACCGAAUAAUGUCAAUUCUAAAUAUGAAGGACAGAAUUUUUCAGUUGAACCUUAUAAAACAUGA